GACAUUGUCGAGGUGCGACUUACUGAUUAUUAUGCAUCCCUUAAUAUAAGAAAUACUGCAUUAAUUCGAAAUUGAUUGAACUUAAAUCCUUGGCACUAGCUUAUAUAUCAUUUCAUCUAUCUAUUUGAGCCAUAUUACGAUACUGAUGACCCGUAACAGCGCCGAUUUGGGAUAGAUUUAUGAUAUGUAUAACUUCAGAUCGAAAAUCCGUAAGCCAAAUGGCGAAAGACCAAGCGACAUUGAAUACAGUCUGAUUCAGGCCUUGUUUGAAUUGGAGACCAACAGUGACCUGAAAUUGCAACUCCGAGAAUUGCACAUUGUUUCAGCUAGGGAAGUAGAAAUUGCUGGUAAGAAAGCCAUAGUGAUCUUUGUACCAUAUAUCCUCCUAAGGAAUUUCCAGAAAAUUCAAACCAGAUUGGUGAGAGAAUUGGAAAAGAAAUACAGUGGUAAACAUGUGGUCUUUGUUGCCCAGAGAAAAAUUCUAGCCCAACCUAAAAGAAACUGUAAACAAAAAAACAGAGGAAAGAAACAAAAGUUACAGAGAUCCAGACUCCGAACUUUAACCAAGGUACAUGAAGAUUUAUUAGAUGAUAUAUGUUACCCUGCUGAAAUUGUUGGUAAAAGGAUCAGAAUAAAGUUAGAUGGUUCUCGACUCAUUAAAGUACAUCUUGAUAAAACACAACAAACUAAUAUUGAGCACAAAGUGGACACAUUUUCAGCUGUUUAUAAAACUUUAACUGGAAAGGAUGUUAAAUUUGAAUUCCCUGAAAAUAUGCUCUAAACGUGAUAAUAAAUAAAGGGAUAUUCAAGAAC